AUGAAGCUAUUCAUUACUGCUGCCCUUCUCGCGCUGCUCGCAUGUUCGUUUGCUCAGGGUAUACAUAUCAACAACCUCAACGGGACUCUACCACUGGACGCCACGUUUGAUUACGUCGUCGUCGGUUCUGGCAUUGGAGGUCUCGUCGUCGCGAAUCGCUUGUCUUCGGAUCCCAAUGUGUCCGUCUUGAUUCUGGAAGCUGGCAAGCUAGAUGACAGAAGUGAGGACGUAACUGUUCCUGAACAUAUUGGCUUCAGCUACCCCGACCGCUACGACUGGAAACUUGAGACCGUCCCGCAAGAUUACCUUGACGGCAGCCGUCGGGCUUACAAACAAGGCAAGGUAGUCGGCGGCAGUGCUGUUAUAAAUGGCCUGUGUUGGACCAGAGGCUCGGCCGCUACGUUCGACGCUUGGGAAACUUUGGGGAAUCCAGGAUGGGGUUGGGACGGUCUUAUCACCUAUUUUCUGAAGUCCGAAAAUUACUCGACAGAUGUGAAUCAGUCGCUUCAAGAUGCCUUGCAUAUACAUCCGGUAUCUUCAGCGCAUGGGACUCACGGCCCUGUUCAAGUGGCAUACCCAGAGUUCUUCUACAACCAGUCCCAGAGUUUUCUGGAUGGAAUUCGACAACUUGGUGUGCCCAUCAUCGACGAACUAAAUGAUGGCGUGGCGGCCGGAGCGGCAGUCAUACCCAGCUCCAUAUCUGCUAACAAUCAGUCUCGCCAAGACGCGCGCACAUCAUACUGGGAACCCGUCAUGUCGCGAGAGAACUUGCAGCUUAUGACAGGCCAGACCGUGACACGGAUCCUCCACGAUGAUGUGUUGUACCCAAAUUCGACCUGGAUUCCAGGUGCAGCCGUGACUCGGAUCACUGGUGUUGAGUUUGCCGCCAAUGCGACAGCUGAAAGACACACCGUUCGCUGCUCCAAAGAGGUCAUAUUGGCUGCAGGAGCCAUCUUCUCGCCCACCUUGCUCCAAGUUUCAGGCUUUGGGCCCGUGGAUCUUCUUCGUAAUCUGACUGUUAAAUCUGUUGUCGACCUUCCGGGAGUGGGGAGAAAUUUCCAGGACCACCCCAUGGUCCAGGUGCUCUACAAUUACACGUCGCCAACUAUCAUGACCGGGCUGCAAGUCAACAAUAACGACACUCUUGAUCGCAUAGCGCGGGAAGAAUACAUUGCAAACAGAACAGGUCCAUGGACUUCCCCGAUGGUCAAUACCGUCGCAUUCCCGGCUCUCAAAUGGGUCAUGAACAGUCAGGAUCUGCAAGCCUUUAACCAAGAAGUUACGAUGAACGCAACUGGUCAUCUCCCAGACUCAUAUGAUCCGACACUCCGUGCUGGCUACUCUCAGCAGCUUCAAAUCAUCUUGUCACUAUUGUCAGGAAACCAGAGUGGUGCAUACGAGCUCAUGUCAACAUCAUGGGGCCAACUGACCGUGAGCAACAUGCAACCCUUCUCACGGGGCACCGUGGAAGCCGUUUCUUCGUCCAUCUUCGACUACCCUAAAGUCGACCCACGCUACUGUUCUCAGCACCUGGACUGCGAUAUCAUAUCCCUCGGCAUUCAAUUUAACGCCGAAUUGGUUCAAACACCUCCAAUGGCCGCAUUGCUGCCAGUGCCUGACCCUGGGUUCGGCCCGUACGAAGUGGAGAACAAGACCGCGCUUGAUGAGGAAGUCAGAAGACGCAUCACCACAGAGUUUCACCCCAGUGGUACGACUGCCAUGUUACCUCGCAGCAAAGGCGGCGUGGUGGAUCCUUCGCUGAGGGUGUACGGCACACAAAACCUGAGAGUGGUGGACGCGGGGGUGAUGCCGUUGAUCCCGGCGGCGCAUAUUCAGGCUGCCGUGUAUGCUGUUGCGGAAAAGGCUGCGGAUAUCAUCAUCAUGGAGAACACAGUCGCGUCGAAUGCUUCGGAGGCAGAUCGAGUCACGAGAACGCAAGCAACAUGUGCGCCGCGUCGUAGGGAUCCUGGGCAGGGCCUGGGCGAACAGAUGGAGGUACUCCUUCAUCUUGGAAGGAUUGGGCGAAGGCUGUAG